CCCCGUUUCUUCGGAGGCUCUGAAGCUCAAUCUGUAAAGGCAAGAAUUGAAAUAGAAAGUAAUAUCGUCAAGUACGUACCAGUAAUAAAUCUUCAUCAUAAUUGUUGUUAUCCUCAUGAGUUUAGCAUUUUCCUCUUUCUCCUUACUAUUAUUCUUUUAUUCUUACUUUUCUCUUCAUCAUAAUUGUUGUUAUUCUUUCAUUUUUAAACAGUAACAAAGCAUCAUGCCUUUUUUUCUUCUUUCCGAAUCUGUAAAUCAAAAUCGUGGUACUUUUGUCAUGGUGGAUAAUUCUUGUUUACUAUUUAGCAAAUCUGGUAGAAGAAAAGUUUGCGGAAACCAGAAGAAAAAUGAAGAAAAGGAUCAAUAAGUUUGUUGUGACGGAUCGCUUAAUGCAUGAGAUUGUCCUGCUUAAAUUUGAUCUCGAAUCAUGACAAAAAUAAACUACAACCAGUGACGGACUAGGGUGGGGGAAUUGUUAAAAGAAAUUAGUCUUUAAAUUUGUGAAAAAAAAUAUUCCAAGUCUUGUUUUUUUGGUUUUUUUUUUUUUUUUUCUUUUACUUUGGCCUCUUAAAAAAAAAAAAAGAAAAAAGAGAGAGAGAGAGAGAGAUAGAGAGAAUUCAACCCAGUUUCGCCCUCUAGAGUUAAAUUUGUAAUUAUGUCCCAAAAUCCAAGGAAGAAAAGUACUUGAAAUGAUCAAGAAAAAUGAAAAGAAAAAUUACAAAAUGCAUUUACUCUUGAAUCAUUCCUCUCUCUUUCUAUAUCUCUAAAAAUGUUCAUAUGUCAAUUUUCUAUUAAAUUUAUUUUUAUAAAACCAGAAAAAAAAAAAAAAAAAUUGAAAGAAGAUAUCUAACCAUGCCUCAAAAUGGAGGAAAUGGAGGACAACGGGCAAACGAUAGAAUUGCAAAUGAGUGAGACAUCUCAACGCAAUCUUGGAAGCACGUCGUCUGGGCAAAGAUCCUCUCCUACAACAGCGGAUUCCGCUAGCACCUCUAGUGGAGUUGGUUCUUCCGGUCCACCGGAUUCUAAUCAUGCUGGAGAUUCUGGUAGUCACUUGAUUACGAUUGAGAACUCGGACGCAACUAAUGAGACCCAGCAAGGAGCCGCUGUAACUCCAGCAAGCAAUAAUUCAGCUGGGACAUCACAAGGACAGUCCACAGACCCAAAUGAAGAUCUUGAAAGUCUUGAAAGGGCUCAAAAAAAAUUGGAUGAAUACCGUACACUCCGUCAAGCAGCCUCAAAAGGUGAUUGGCGGGCUGCAAAGAAAUUUUAUGAAACACGCAACGACUGUGUACGAGCUUCCAUAAAGACCGACAAGGCGACAGCACUUCACGUUGCGGUUGCUUACCAACAGACCGCUUUUAUAAAGAAAUGGUUGAAUUUGAGGACAUUGAAGCAGGCGGACUUGGAAUUGAAAACCAAUUAUGGAUUUACCGCCCUUCACACUGCUGCCCAAGUAGGAAACGUCAGCAUUGCUGAGCAGCUGGUGAAAAAAAACGAUAACCUGCCAUCGAUCACUAAUGACGAUGGAGACACACCACUCAUUGUUGCAGCCUAUGUAGGACAUACAAACAUGGUCUCCUAUCUAUUCUCUCUGAUUAGUACUCAUCCUAAACAGUUGACUCAAGAAAAAUGCAUUGAACUCCUUCGUCAUACUAUCCGUAAUGAUAUGUAUGAUAUAGCAUUGAAAAUUCUGAACAAGUAUUCAGACAUUGCAAAUGCCGAUACUAAAUGGAAGUGGGAAGCGUUGGAAACGUUGGCCAACAAACCAUUCAAACUUGGCAGCGAAAGUCAGCUAUCAUUUUGGAAAAGUCUCUUAAAGUACUCGUGUUUCAAAGGGAUCUAUAACAAAGCUUUCAUGAAGGCAUCAGCCCAUCAAUUAUUAGUUGAAAGACUUUUGAGAAAGGAUGGAAAUCCAGACGCCCUGAUCUUAUCAAAAUUUGCUCAGAAUGAUAUGGCUUUAAUUUUUGAAGCUGCAACAGCUGGAAAUGUUGAAUUUCUAAUUAUAAUUGCACGCUCUUAUCCUGAUGUUAUAUGGGAACUAGACAAAAAUGACAUGAGUAUAAUUCACACUGCUAUUUUACAUAGGCAAGAGAGUGUGUUCAAUUUAAUAUAUGAGAUAGGUACUGACAUCUAUAGCCUUGCAUCCUAUUUUAAUAAAGACAAUGAAGAGACCAUGUUGCAUUUAGCUGGAAAAUUGGCUCCUUCAGAUCGACUAAAUAUCGUAUCAGGAGCGGCCCUUCAAAUGCAACGGGAGCUUUUGUGGUUCAAGGAGAUAGAAAAGAUUGUCCCACAAUCAUACUUGAAGAGAAAAAAUUUGGGAAAAAAAACACCUAAGGAGAUAUUUGUAGAAGCACAUAAUGAUUUGCAGAAAAAGGGUGAAGAGUGGAUGAAGAGCACAGCAAACUAUUGCAUGGUCGUUGCAACAUUAAUUGCCACUGUGAUGUUUACUACAGCAUUCACAGUACCAGGUGGCAACGUUGAAAAUAAAGGGACUCCUAUUUUUUUGAGAAGGAACUGGUUUAUGGUAUUCUUCAUAUCAGAUGCAAUAGCAUUGUGUUCCUCUUCCACUUCAAUAGUAUUUUUCUUGUCAAUUCUUACAUCCCGUUACAGAGAAGAUGAUUUCUUAAAGGCAUUACCUUUAAAGUUGCUAUUUGGACUUGCCACACUCUUCGUCGCCAUGACUGGCAUGUUGGUAGCCUUCAUCGCAAAUUUCUUUUUGGUGUAUACAAGCGCAAGGACAUGGACUCUGUUUGUUGUAUCAAUCCCAAUUAUUUUGUUUGGUUGGCUACAUCGUGAAAUUUGGGUUGAUACAUUUAGCUCAUCAUUCAUGAUUGGAUUUCUUUUUCGGCCACAUAAACAUGGACUUUUGUAACGGAAGAUGCUGAUUGGAAGGCAAACAAAAAGGAACAAAAGUUGUCGGAGGUACACGAGGUAUUGAACAAGGAAAGGCCAAAGAAAGAAUUGAUUGAUGUUUGCCUUAACUAUUCCAUUUACUGUGAUGUAUGCAUACUAGCAUAGUAGCAUAUAACCUGCACAUUUUUCAUUAUAAUAU